CAACACCAACCUAACCGCCACCACCUACCCAUCCCAACCCGAGGAUGAAAGAAAGAGACCAAAUAUUCUAUAGCGAGCAGAUCAUUGGAUGGGCGUUCAUAAAGACCAAUAGUUCAGCCUGCAUCAGCCGCGAGACGAAAUCUAUAUUUGCCAAAUUGUGGGACAGCAACAACAUAAACAUAUUGACGGAUCAUGAUUUAAUUAGUGCCAUAAAGCUUUCUACCUGGGACCAUGGAAUAUUCUUUGUCACGAACCUCAGACGCGAUUGCUGAUAUCAUGGACAAUUGAGGUGCUUCGUUGCAUGAUAUAGUAAUGUUUUAAUGAGUGAGCUGUCGUGGGUGGGAUUGUCCUGCAGAAGAUCAAAGUGUAGGAUACUAGGUUUCUGGAUUCGGGCACUCACACAGGGAGGCCUGAUGGAAGCUGCGACACAUUUGGAUAUGACACAGUAAACUUCGAGUAAAGGAUAGUUAUGAAUGCGCGAAUGAAAAUGUGUCGAUAUAUAGCAAUAAUAGAAUAAUAAUGGAUGUUUUUUGUAAUGUGGUGCAUAGCAUAGUGACUAAGCUUGAGAUGUAAAGAGAAGCCUGCAGGAUUUUGAUAUCGGAGCUGACUAUAUAUUUCGCUGCUUUACUGGAAACGUAAACAUCCGGAUUAUCUUUGAUCUUUGACUUAAUAUAACGGUGAGAGUAGUUAACCGAAGACUAGUUACUAUCGCUCUUAUGCUUUUGGCGUGGGGGAAUUCAACAACACAGGACUAAUGCCUUCUCUUCCUUCAAUUUAAACUGAGAAUUACGUUUUAAUCUUAAAAAGAGGGCAAGUAGUGUGAGUUUGGGUUUUGCGCUCCUCAGGAAUCCUGUGUGUUGUGUGAUUGGCCAACAUCAACAUGCCAACCUCACGCUCCGGUGCCACCUCGGUGGAAUACUGGGUCGAUGGCUCGCGCCGAGAUGUCUCCAUGGAUGAAUUUUACACCAUGGGCCCAGAACUGGGAAGGGGGGCCACGUCAGUGGUGUUUCGCACUGAGGAGAAGAAGACACAGAAGCCCUAUGCUGCAAAGGUCCUCAAGAAGACUAUCGAUAAGAAAAUAGUGCGGACUGAAAUUGGUGUUCUGCUGCGACUUUCCCACCCGAAUAUUAUCCGCCUGAAGGAGAUCUUUGAGACAGAGACAGACAUCGCCCUCAUCUUGGAGCUGGUGACUGGAGGGGAACUCUUUGACAGGAUCGUGGAGAGAGGGUACUACAGUGAGAGAGAUGCUGCCCAUGUCAUCAAGCAGAUUCUGGAGGCGGUGGCGUAUUUACAUGAGAAUGGGGUGGUGCAUCGUGACCUGAAACCGGAAAACCUUCUCUACGCUGACCUCUCCUUGGACGCCCGGCUUAAGAUAGCUGACUUUGGCCUCUCGAAGAUAAUAGAUGAACAAGUGACCAUGAAGACGGUGUGUGGCACACCUGGAUACUGCGCUCCAGAGAUCCUCCGAGGCAAUGCCUAUGGUCCUGAAGUGGACAUGUGGUCUGUGGGAGUCAUCCUGUACAUCUUGCUGUGUGGGUUUGAACCCUUCUUCGAUCCGAGGGGAGACCAGUAUAUGUAUAGCCGCAUCCUCAACUGCGACUAUGAGUUUGUCUCCCCCUGGUGGGAUGAGGUCUCCCUCAAUGCUAAGGACUUGGUCAGUAAGCUGAUAGUGCAGGACCAUCACAAGAGGCUGACGGUGAAGGAGGCCCUGGAGCACCCAUGGGUUUUGGGCAAGGCUGCCCGCUUCUCCCACAUGGACACCACUCAAAGGAAGCUACAGGAGUUCAACGCCCGGCGCAAACUCAAGGCUAUCAUGAAGGCCGUGGUGGCCACCAGCCGCAUGCACGAGGGCUCCCGGCGGCGCACGGACAGCUGCGAUAUUCCCGGGUCCGACAAGACCACCUCCAGGCAGAGCAGCAUGCAGCAGGACCCUCCCCCGGAUCAGGACCCCCAGGAGGGCCAGGCCAACCAGGGCACAGACACCACCCUGACUCAGGAUGAGGAGGACCAGUGCCCUCCGCCCCUGCCGCCCCGCAAUCCCAGACCCAUCCCUCCUCUACUGGCUGGGGCUUCGUCCCCCACCUGUCUGCCCACCAGGCCCCCACUAAGGGGAAUUGAUGGACAGAGACAGAUGUCGGUCAUCCCCAAGACGGCCGUGGUACGGCCCAGGGUGCCUAAGAAGAGCUGCUCCUCGGUGGAUUCCGCCACCACCAAGAGGGAGACCUCCUCCCCAGUCCAGACCAGUCCCCCAAGCCCCAAGAGCCUUGGCAAUGGAUUCGCCAUGGGGGUGGAGUCUGGCAGUAAAACGACCCAGUGUUAGUGAGUGGCAGGUACCAAAGAGAAAGAGGGUGGCGACACUCACCUAGGAUCUCCAACUGUUGUCCUAAGAUGGCUGAUGCCGUUGUUGCUGUAGUGUGAGAUGGUAGAUGACAACAUGGAGGAGGAAGGAUGGAGGAACGGCUGUCUUUGUUCAGAUCUCGCCUCAUAUCCGUUUUGAUCCGGGACAAAAGACUAGUACUAUACAUAACUUGAUAUCUUUUUUUCCCUUCUGUGCGCAACGAGUUUGGAGACUCAUAACGAAUUUGCAAAUGAGCUUUUAACUUUGGUUUCAACUGUUGCCGACUUGCUGUAACUUCUCUACUUUAAGGCCUCUCUGAACGGGACUAAUUGUUCUUCAAAUGCCACUUGAAAAGACAACUUGAUUUCAUACUUUGUAUACUCUACACCUUUCUACUAUUCAAUGUUGGAAUCUACUGACUUCAUAUGCAAAUACGUGGAUAUAUAUACUGCACAUAACCCUCUCCUUCUUGCAUAGCAUUCAGGUAGUAAAGAUAUUGUAUUUGUGAGCUUAUGAAUAUAGUUACGGUGUAUUUUGCAUUAAUUGUAAUGAUCUAAUGUUUGCACUGUAUAUUAUCAGAUUAAUCUAUAUAGAUCGCAAAAAAGCAUUCACACUGCUAGUCGUUUACUAUCUAAGUCAAAUUGCACUUUUAUUCCCUUGGAAAUAUAUAUGGCUGAAUAGUGAAGCUUAAUUUGAGGCUGAAACCAAUUUUCUCAUUCAGUUGUUUACCCAAAAAGUGGUUGUAAAACUUCAUUCUGUGGUAGUUAUCUGAUGAAGGAACAUACAUCCUAAUCAUCUCAUCAACCUCACUGGAGCUACCACUCUCUCUACCUCCUUUUUGUACAGGGGCUUCCAACCCAGUAAAGGCAAAAUCUGUAAAGAAAUGAUUGGAUGAGGUGAGGUACUGUAUCAGUCGAAGCAGAGUCUUUCUGCAACAUUAGAAUGAUAGUCAGUGGCAGGUAAAAACCUGCAAGGUGAAUGCUUUCUCAAAUAACUGAUUACCGUAAUUUCCGGACUAUUAAGCGCACCUGAAUAUAAGCCGCACCCACUGAAUUUUUAAAAAUAUAUUAUUUUGAACAUAAAUAAGCCGCACAUGUCUAUAAACUGCAGGUGCCUACCGGUACAUUGAAACAAAUUAACUUUACACAGGCUUUAGCGAAACAUGGCUUGUAACAAAAAUAAAUAG